CGUCCACUCGAUAUAUUUACAUAUACGAAUGCAUAACAAUCACCAAAUACCAAAGAGUAAUUCUGCUACCUCACGAUUUCCAGAGUAUCACCCCUAGCUUCAUCAAAUCGUCAAUUAAUCGAGACAUAAAAUAGUAAAAAUGAAUCGAGUAAUGAAAGCUCUCUCGAGCAAAGAGACUCGAGAUUAUUUCAUGAGCACACAUUUCUGGGGUCCAGUGGCUAAUUGGGGGAUUCCGAUAGCUGCUAUCGCCGAUAUUAAUCGAGAUCCCAAUUUUAUCAGUGGAAAAAUGACUGUUGCACUUUGUUUAUAUUCCGCCAUGUUCAUGCGAUUCUCCUUGAGGGUUCAGCCCAGGAAUCUUUUGCUCUUCGCCUGCCACUUCACCAAUGAGGGAGCACAGCUGACACAGCUGUACAGAUUUAUCAAUUUUCAUUACUUGGGGGGAAAGAAGAACGAGGAGAAAGAGUGAUGAGAUAAGGGAACACGUUAUCUGCCAAUUUUUGAAUAUCAUGCACCAACAGAUGUACUUUUGUGCAUCGGUUGUUUCAAAGUUAGAUGUUUUUGUAAAUAUAUAAAAUUGUUCAAUA